AUGUAUGUGUUUUCGUGCCGCCGCCUAAGGCCUAAGGCCUCGGCCUCCAAUUUUGCGGGCAGCGGAGCGGCAGCGGGAGCGGCAGCGGGAGCGGCAGCGGGAGCGGCAGCGGGAGCGGCAGCGGGAGCGGGAGCGGCAGCGGUAGCUUCAGCGGGAGCGGCAGCGGUAGCGGCAGCGGCAGCGGGAGCGGCAGCGGCAGCGGUAGCGGCAGCGGGAGCGGCAGCGGUAGCGGCAGCGGCAGCGGGAGCGGCAGCGGGAGCGGCAGCGGGAGCGGCAGCGGGAGCGGCAGCGCGAGCGGGAGAAGGAGCGGCAGCGGGAGCGGCAGCGGGAGCGGCAGCGGGAGCGGCAGCGGGAGCGGCAGCGGGAGCGGCAGCGGGAGCGGCAGCGGGAGCGGCAGCGGGAGCGGGAGCGGGAGCGGCAGCGGGAGCGGGAGCGGCAGGAUCUUACGUGUAUAAUCAAAUGGACCGACCCUCGAAUACAGCGGUGCCCGCUGCCCGCUAG